AUGCGGAAACAGUGGACAUUUACUCCCUCCGAUGGCGGCUCUGGCCGGAACAUGGCCGCUUGGGAGGUCUCAACCGGCACACAAGCUACGUACUUGGUGGAGGCCUCUUGGCCGCUUACCUGGCGAGAAACAAACGUAUCAGCCGUUGCCAAUGUAAUAUUCGCUGUGGAUGGCAAUGCCAUGUUUCUCACAGCAACAGACGUCACUCGGCGGCAAGAGUCACUUAACCCUAACAAACCUGGGACCAUUGUUAUUGGACUUGGGUAUCCGUUGAAAGGUUCUGUCUAUAGUCCUCAACGCUCUUUGGAUCUCACUCCGCCAUGUGACCACUAUACUCCGCCUGAAGGUCCCGACGGCAGCCCUCGACCGGAACCGUACGGCGGUGCAGAUCGGUUCCUUUCUUUUAUUAACCACAUCGUACGUCCGUUCAUGGCCUCAUCCGUCUUCCCUAAUGUUCGAUUUGCUCGGUCGGCCCUGUUUGGCCAUUCGUACGGAGGACUCUUUGUAUUGAACACCCUUCUCACGCAACCGACGUGCUUUGAUACAUAUAUCGCAGCGAGUCCAUCUAUAUGGUGGAAUGGGAGAUAUAUUCUCACCAAGGUACCACCGUUUCUACAACGACCUAAGACAGGUACAGGACCAAUACUACGACUAUCAUACGGCACCCGAGAGCAAUUUCCUGUGCGCCGCCGCAAUGAGCCACUGGAAAAGUACGAACGCCGGGUGCUGUCGGCGGCAAAGCGUCGCAUGGCAGACAACUGCAAUGAUUUGUAUUUACAGCUCGUGGCUAGCCAACAUCUAGGUACUGUGGAGAGGAGGGAAUAUUUGGAUGAAGACCACGGAAGUGUCAUUAGCCCGGCGUUGAGUGGGGGGAUUCUCUACUUUCUAGAACUGGAAGACAAGGCUAGCUAG